CCUUGCUUCUAGGCUCUAUAGCACUAUCCACUUCUCCGUGUCCACCGGCAAUGGGGAAGAAGGGGAAGAAGCCGACGGCUGCGAAGGCGGAGACGACCCUCGACGUCGGCGCCGAGGAGGGGAGGGUGCUCACAUUGCUCGAGGUUGACCCCGCCACUGAGGACCCUGCCCUCCUGAACGCCAUCAGGAAUAAGAACAGUGCUGCCCUGAGCUCCAUGCUUGAUCCCCGGGAUGAGCUCUCUGCCAAAGACAUUGCAAAUGCAGCUGAUGCUGUUUGGUGUCUCGUCGUAAAUGGCCAUCACAUAACUGGCAAUCUGAAUCUGCUCACGAACCUCACUCCUGUCUAUGAUCGUUGGGUCCGUACCCCUGGUGGGACAGGGCCGCCCAUGCAAGUCUGUGCUCGGGGGUCUGUGAAUUGCAACAGGAUCAAGCUCGAUGACGUAUGGUAUGUUCCUGGGGCCACAGGGAAUAUGGUGGCGACUGCCCAACUGACCCAGAUGGACCUUACAGUCCUUAUGAGUUUAGACUGUUCUAUUGCACGCCUUGAUGGCACAAUAGUUGGCAAAGGACGCCAUGGAAGUUAUGAGUAUGAGCUCGACUUUCUUGAUGCCAUUAGUGAAACUACCUGGUACAUCGUCUCAAAUGCUGCUGAACACAUGACCGGCAACCUGCACCUCCUGACAAACUUCACCCCCACACGGCCAGGCCGCCCAGUCCGGACGCACACGGGGGAGAUGCUGCAGGUGUGUGGCAAGGGGUCCCUGAGCUCUACCCAGCUCAUGGUCCCUGGCGUCAGCUAUGUCCCGGGGCUCACCGAGAACAUCAUCUCAGUGACCCAACUCGUCGACAGCGGCUUCAGUGUUGCAUUUGGACCCGGUGGCUGCAUUGUCACAAGGAACCGCAACGGGGAUAGGGUUGGCUAUGCGUUUCAUGCGGGCGGCCAGCUGUACCAACUCAGCGACCUCAAGGUCGUUGCUAGCAAGUAAUCUGAAGUUGUGAGGGCAACCAGCCAUGUGAGUUGCUAAGAUGAACAAGUUCUCAGCUGGUUUUCUGCAUGAAAAGGCUAGGUAUUUCAGUUAAUUGUCAGUAGGAUCCUGAAGCUACUAUGUUUGUAUGGUCUGUGGGAGACAAUUAGAUAUUACCUCGCACCAGUGGGACAUGGUUG